AAACGUGGUAGAGGUCAACAUGGUGGUAAUAAGCAUGGUGCUGGAAAUAAGGGUUCUGGCCAAAGACAGAAUUACAUGCGUUUGGGUUAUGAAACUGGAAAUACUCCAUUUUACUUACGAUUUGGCUACGAACCUUACUAUAAGGGACAUCACUUGAGACGAGAAUAUCCUCCGCUUUCUUUAAAACAACUGCAGAUGUUUAUUGACACGAAUCGACUAGAUAUCAGUAAACCAAUUGAUCUUGUAUCAUUAAUAAACACUGGUCUAUAUGGCAUAAAUGUGCAGUGGAAACAUGCUGGAGUUCAGUUGACAGAUGAG